CCUUGUCAGUCGUCAGUCAGACUUGUACAGCGGUGGGCGAUGCACGGCCACAUUAAUUAGUGUUGUUUGGUGGUUGUUUACUUACUGAAGAUAUAGUUACAAGAGAUACAAUGGCUCCUGAUCCAGACAGAAGACAAGUUAGUUUUCCGAAGCUGAAAUAUCCAAACAACCGUAUCGAUGAACCGCGAACACCACAAAUGUGGCUGCAUGAGAAGCAGCUGCAAGAUGGCGCGGAAGGAUUAUGGAGAAUCCAUGAUGAUCUCUACAAUUUCACUGAUUUUAUAAAAUCACAUCCUGGAGGAUCGCAAUGGAUUGAAUGUACUAAGGGCACCGAUAUAACCGAACAAUUCGAAACACAUCACUUGAAAGGAAUCGCCGAAACACUCCUCCCCAACUACUUUGUAAGAAAAGCAAAGUUACCGAGGAACCAACCGUUCACAUUUAAAGAGCAUGGCUUUUAUAAAAGUUUGAAGGUGAAAAUAUGCGGCAUGAUGUCAGAAAUACCGUCAGAUGCGAGAAGGAAAAGUGAUUUUGUGACAGACGCUUUGCUGGUUACCCUAUUAAUUUCGAGUCCGCUUUGUUGUUGGGUAUGGACGAAGAAUUUUGUUUUUGCAGGGGCUUUAACUAUUUUCAACGGUUUCAUAUUGAGCUCUUUGACUACAUGCGCUCAUAACUAUUUUCAUCGGGCUGAUAAUUGGCGCAUGUAUUUAUUCAACUUGUCUGGAAUGUCUUAUUCACAAUGGCGCAUAUCACAUUCAAUGUCACACCACAUGCACACAAACACAGCACAAGACAUGGAGAUCGCUAUGUUGGAGCCGUUUCUUCAAUAUAUACCAUAUAGUGAUAAACCAAUAUGGGCUCAAAUGGCAGCCUUCUAUUGGCCAGUGAUAUUUACUUUUUCAGUCAUCACAGUUGCUUUGAAGGAUCACAUUGCCGGCAUCUUUAAUUUGGGAGGCGCCAAAUAUCAAUGGCAGCUUGUCCUGACUUUCGUCCUACCGUUAUGGAUGUGGCUUCUAGGAGGGCUAUCAUUACCCUGGACGAUUGCAUUAUGGAUUGUCACUUUGCUGAUUACUGGAUUAGUGUUCACUACAUAUGGUCUGACAGCAGGCCAUCAUUCUCAUCGUAAUUUCUUCGAAGGUGAUAUACCGAGAGAACAAGACCUGGACUGGGGAUUGCAUCAGUUGGACACAAUCGUCGAGAGAAUCGAUUACGCGGGCAAUCAUUUUAAAUCGAUUACUCGAUUUGGUGACCACGCCCUGCAUCAUCUUUUCCCUACUUUAGACCACGCUGAGCUGAAAUAUUUGUACCCAACCCUAUUGGAGCACUGUGAAAAGUUUGAGGCGGAACUUAAAAUGAAUACAUUCUAUGAAGCGCUCAUUAGUCAAAGUAAACAAUUAAUCAGAAAAAGACCGAAUGAUUUUAGGAAUAAAAAAUCUAAUGAGUAUCAUUGUGUAGUCAACAAUAAUAAGAGAUAGUUUUAAAUUAAUAAUAUUUAUUUUAAUGAGAUAUUUCAGACAGGUUACACUUACAUGGAAAUCUUAUUCAAACAAAUUAUUAUCCAAGUUGUUACAGCCAUAACAAUUUAGAAUAUACAUAAAAAAAUAUCACCCAUAUUUUGACCAUGUCCUACUCUACUUAAAUUCCAUUCUAAAGAAAAUAAUAAUAUUAAAAAUCUAUUGGAAAGUUUAAAAACUUGCCCGUCCAAGAAUUGAUCGUAGAAUCCUCUUGCAAACCUAUUUUACUGUCACUGAACUAAGGCAAAUAAAUUAUCAUAACAAUGUUGUUACAUAUUAUAUUUUAUGUCCGUUUUGACCUUGUUUUUAAUUAAGACUGAAGAAAUUUAUGUAAAUUUUUUACACUACAGUAAUUACUUGCAAUUAAGACAUAAUAUAUUUUUACUAUUAUUAACUAAUUGCAUUUUUAUAUUGAAAUAUUUUUGUAAGCAACAAUAGAAUUAUUAAUUAUUUAGAUAUACAGACGUGAAAUUCAUUCAGAGUAGGUACUCUGUUUUUCGCUAAUGAUAAAUAAAAAGAAACUUACGGCCAAUAUUAAGUGGAUUCUAAUUACUUUAAACCAGCAUCUUAGAGAUCUAUUCAGUUGUGAGAUAUCAAUUCCCCACUUUAAAUUGCUGAGUGCUCUGCCGUCUCAGUGGAAGUCGGUACAAUAACCGCCAUGUUACAUGAUAAAUCUAAUACGACGUCGAACUAGUAAUAAUCAUUAAAUUGGCAAUUAAUAACAUAUUCCAAUUUUAAGAUUUUCUAACAGUUAUCCAGUAAUGUGGAUUGAUAAGCAAUUUUAAUAUUUAAGUUGUAAGAACUGUUUGCUCAAUUAUAUUACUAAAAGGCUGUGGUUAGUUGAAAUAAAGUAUUUUGUAUCUUA